UUUCUUAUUUAAAAAAAAAAAAAAAAAAAAAGGAAUCGUCUUCUCUCCCUUUUGCCUUCCACAACCUUCGUGACACCUCAUCAUCUCUCUCUCUCUCCCACCUUCUCCGUCCCGUUCCGUUCUCUCCCAAUCUAUCCUCCCAAAACAGAUCCUCUGAUUCGGAUCCAACAGUUUCAGAAUUCUUGAUUCUAAUCUGAUCAGGAAUAUUUGAUCAGGCGAUUUAUGGAGUCUAUAUCUCCCGUAUCGAAUCAAGUUACUCAGCCAACAACAACGACGACGACGACCUCUAGUUCCGAUCGCUCCCGUCGUAAGCGGAGGAAGAAAUCUCAACCAUCAUCAUCGGUUGAUUCAUCUCAAUCAACAUCGUUGGAUAAAUGGAGAUCGGAGAAGCAGCAACAGAUCUACUCAACGAAACUAGUCCGUGCUCUAAGAGAGCUACGAAUCAGUCAACAACCUUCCUCGUCUUCAUCGAAUCCACGUGGCGGCGGCGGUAGAGCCGUACGCGAAGUCGCGGACAGAGCUUUAGCAGUUGCGGCGAGAGGUAAAACACUGUGGAGUCGAGCUAUACUAUCGAAAGCCGUUAAACUCAAAUUCAGGAAACAUAAACGGCAGAGAAUCUCGAGUCCGACGACAACGACGACGACGUUGACGACCGGGAGUAUCAGGUCGAAGAAACAGAGAGCGACGGUUUUGAGGCUAAAGGCAAAAGGAUUGCCAGCUGUACAGAGGAAAGUGAAAGUUCUGAGCCGGUUAGUUCCCGGUUGCCGUAAACAAACCUUACCGGUGGUUUUAGAGGAAACUACUGAUUAUAUAGCUGCAAUGGAGAUGCAGAUUCGUGCUAUGACUGCUAUUCUCUCCGCCGUCACCUCUCCGCCGCCGCCAGGUCAUGAUGGGGGACAUACACAUAUGCUUGGUUAGUUGGCCAAACUGUCUUCUUCCUUUUUAAAAUGUUUUUUUGUUUUCUUCAUAUUAUUAUUCUUCUCAUCUCAUUGUAUUGUUUGGUGUUUGAAUAUUUUUACUUUAUUCAACUUUUUUAUUUACCAUUUUCAUCAUUUUAUGUAUAUCCUUUUUUUUUUCUUUCUUUCUUGAAUCUCUAUGUUUACCAAAAAUAGUGCCGGAAAAAAGGAAAAAAAAAAAGAACAGGACAGUGAUUGGUUUCUGUAAUAAUAAUCGUAAUAAAUUUUUCAGUUUCUUGAUAA